UUUGGACGAAAGAGAACAAUAUUGCUUGGUACAUUUAUAUUUAUUAUAGGAGGAUUGUUGCAAACAUUUUGUGUCAACAUAUAUAUGUUUGGUGCAGGGAGAGUCCUUUCGGGAGUAGGCGUGGGGAUAUUAUCAACCAUAGUUCCAUCCUAUCAAUGUGAGAUCAGUCCUAGCGAAGAUCGAGGGAAAUUGGUAUGUGGAGAAUUCACGGGAAAUAUCAUAGGGUACUCACUUUCAGUAUGGGUUGAUUAUUUCUGCUUUUUCAUUCAAGAUAUUGGUGAUGCAAGAACCAAUCCUCAUUCAUUCAUGGCUCAUUUAAGUUGGAGAUUGCCAUUAUUCAUGCAAGUUGGACUUGCUGUGGUACUAUUCUGCGGUGGGUUUUUCAUUGUUGAAUCUCCCCGGUGGUUACUAGAUAAUGACAUGGAUCAACAAGGGUUCAACGUUCUCGCAUUAUUGUAUGAUUCUGAUCCAACUAUAACUAAACCCAAAUCGGAAUUUUUCAUGAUCAAGAAUUCAAUAUUACAAGAAAGAAUAACCAGCCCCAAAUCAGAAAGAAGCUGGAAGAAAUUGUUCACCAAUCAUUUGCUUCGAGUUGCAAUUGCUUGUUCAGCCAUGGGGUUUGCUCAAUUAAACGGAAUAAACAUCAUAUCAUACUAUGCACCUAUGGUUUUCAAAGAAGCUGGGUUCAAUGACGCCAAUGCAAUUUUAAUGACAGGUAUAAACUCACUAAUCUACCUCAUGUCAACCAUAGCUCCUUGGUUCUUGGUUGAUAGGUGGGGGAGGAAACCUAUCUUAAUAAGCGGUGGUGCAGCAAUGGGGAUAUGUCUUUAUAUGGUUGCAUUGAUCAUGUACCUAAACGUAUCUGCCACCCCAUCAUUAGUUGCUUUGCUAGUGAUUAUUUACAAUGCUGGCUUUGGGUAUAGUUGGGGACCCAUUGGGUUCCUCAUCCCACCAGAAGCAUACCCACUUUCAGUUAGAGCUAAGGGAGUAUCAUUGGCAGUUUCCACAAAUUGGUUAUGUAAUUUUGUGGUUGGGCUAUUGGCACCCAUUUUAAAACAGGAUAUUGGAUGGAAGAUGUAUUUGUAUCCAGCAACCCUGUGUAUCAUCAGUAUAUUUAUCGUGUUGCUAUUCUACCCUGAGACAAAAGGGGUUGAAUUGGAAGAUAUGGAUAAAGUGUUUACUGACUUUUACAAAGAUACUACAUUAGUCAGAGUUAGCAAAAUGAGAUUAAGAAAGAGAAGAAUGAACAAGAAUGAUUAUAACCAGAACUUCAACCAACCAAAUUCCUUUGAGAACCGCGAAGGGUUGAAUGAAAUUGAAUUGGAGGAUAUUAAUGAUUUGGAUUAUGAGCGGAGGCAGAUGUUGUAACAAUAGAGAGAGAUAUAUAUAGAGCAUAUAGAUUAAUGUCGUGUGAUCAGAACUAAAAAAUUUCACCUGUAAGAACGCGUGCAAUUUCUUUUUGUCGGUGCGGUGCACCACCACAAAAUUACAAUUCUUUUAUUUUUUUUUGUUCUCGGCCGAAGGUUUUGGAUCUGUUGCAGGGCUGAAAUUAUACCAAAGGCCGAGCCAUGUUCCAUCUGGCAUAGUUAAUGGAAUGAUUCCUUGCUGGAGACUCGAAUGGCUGAGGGCUUAGACAUUUGAACCAGGAGUAAUGUGUUGAUUAGUAAUUCAUACCAAUAUGCAACUCCGCCAAA